GGAUUUGGCACUGUUUAGUAUUUGGCAAAGAUGGCGGCGCCGCCUCUAGAUGAGGCUAGCCUUCAGUCUCGCAUCAACGCAGCUACUAGCCCCCAAAAUAAAGAGACAGAUUGGAACUGUAUCAAAGAGUUUUGUGAGCAGCUCAACAAUGAACCUGAAGGACCCCAGCUUGCAACAAGACUUCUGGCUCACAAAAUCCAAUCUCCUCAGGAAUGGGAGGCUAUGCAAGCACUCACAGUGCUUGAGACCUGCAUGAAAAACUGUGGGAAGAAAUUUCACUCUGAAGUAGGAAAGUUUAGAUUUCUCAAUGAGCUCAUCAAGGUGGUAUCACCCAAGUAUUUGGGCUCCCGGGCACCAGAACCAGUGAAGAAGAAGGUUAUAGAAAUCAUGUACAGCUGGACAUUAAUGCUCCCAGAUGAGGCCAAAAUUUCAGCCUAUCACAUGCUGAAAAAGCAGGGUAUUGUCAAGCAGGAUCCAGUACUUCCUGAUGACAAGCCACUCCCACCACCUCCACCUAGAGCCAAAAGUGCCAUUUUUGAUGAUGAAGAGAAAUCAAAGGCGCUGUCUCGAUUACUGAAGAGCACACACCCUGAUGAUUUAAGAGCAGCAAACAAACUCAUUAAGGAAAUGGUCCAAGAGGAUCAGAAGCGUGUGGAAAAGGUAUCAAAGAGAGUUAAUGCCAUCCAGGAGGUGAACGAGAGUGUGAGCCUGCUGAGCCAGCUGCUGGAAGGCUACAGCAAGGAGAGCAGUUCUCAGAGCAACCAGGAACUCAUUAAGGAUCUUUACCAGCGUUGUGAGAAAAUGAGGCCAACGCUCUUCCGAUUAGCGAGUGACACUGAAGAUAGUGAUGAUGCUCUAGGUGACAUAUUGGAGGCCAAUGACAGGUUGACUCAAGUUAUAAACAUGUACAGGCAGCUGGUAAAAGGUGAAGUGAUUAACAAAGAUGACGUAACGCAAUCACAAGAAGUCAACAGCAAUUCAGCACUUUUAGAUCUGGCAGGAAUAAAUCCAUUGGCUGAUUCGGCACCAACCAGCACAGACUCUUUCAACCUGGAGACCCUGACCCAGAAUAUGGGCAUCAGCCUUUUGGACGAUGAACUCAUGUCACUAGGUCUAAAUGUAACAGAGAAUUCCCACACAACUUUUCAGUUUCACCGUUGUCCAGAAAACUCCACUCCUAUCCCAACUGCAGCGUUGCUCCCGUCUGCAGUCCAGAAAGUACAAGUAGCACCAGUAGAGGGCGGUUGUGCACCGGCCAAAGCUUUGGAUGACUUGGACAUACUGGGGAAGACUCUAUUGCAGCAGUCCUUACCGCCUGAGAGUCAGCAGGUCAAAUGGGAUAAAAUUCAGACCCACAGUAAGGUCUCAUUGAGAGAUUUACAGAGUAUGGCGAACUCCACAACUGAUCCUGGCUCCUCUACAUCUGCACUUUUGGACCAGUCCAUCACUACUUCAGCACCUGUGUCCAUACCUGCGAUUGACCCCCAACAAAGUAUUUCUUUAUCUGAUGUCAUGGUCCCUCUGGAAUCAGUCAGACCCAGUACCUUGUUACCUGUUACUGUAAUGGAUAAAUACAGUCUUCGAGUGUUGUUUACUUUUGCCCGUGACUGUCCGCCCUCUCGCCCAGAUGUGCUUGUUGUGAUCAUCUCUAUGUUAUCAUCAGCCCCUGUUCCUAUUACCAGUAUCCGCUUCCAGGCAGCUGUACCCAAGAUUAUGAAGGUCAAGCUACAACCGCCAACUGCAACUGAACUUCCAGCUUUCAACCCCAUUCUCCCUCCAGCUGCCAUUACACAGAUUCUGCUGUUAGCAAAUCCUCAAAAGGAGAAAGUGCGACUGCGGUACAAACUCACAUUUAACUUAAAUGAAAACUUUUAUGACGUAUCCGGAGACGUCGAUCACUUCCCUCCUCCAAACACGUGGGGCAAUCUUUGAGAUGAAGAGGUCACAAGAAACUUGAAGAAGAGAUUUAAGAUGUUUAUUAAAUUUUUUUAAUGACCACUUGUUCAAUUCUGGUCAUGUGCUUACUUUGUGCCUUCCUUCAUUGAUUCUCCUUUCAGUUAAGUUAUGUUAAUCAAGGAGACUUGGGGAAAUCAUGUGCAGAGGCUUGUUUUAUGUUGAUGAAGAAAAACUGUUCCCCAUUUUAUGUGAAUUUACCGGCUGUCUUUUAAAAAUUCCCAAAUUAUAGUUGAUGUUUUCUCCAUCAUAAAGAGCUAUGCUUUUAAUGAACAAAUGCUGGAAUUUAAAGCAUGUAAUGUAUUUACAAUUACAAUAUAAAUUAUAAGUUUCAUUAUAAAUUGGUGAAAUUAUUCUUUCUAAAUCUUCACUAAACAAUAUAAAGGUGCAAAGUUCUGGAAGUACCUAUGUAUGACUGAUGUUACUGAUAUUUUGAAAAACUACAAUUUUGUUGACCAUUUAGAUUAGUAUUUUAUGUCACUUAUUUGGGCUGGAUUCCUGAGGGACCAUGUGUGACAAUGGUAAAGGGAUAUCACACUCCUUAAUUAUAGUACAAUCUUUUUUAUUUCUGCACUUUUUCUAUAAUGUGUAUGCUCAGGAUUUUGAUUUGUAAUUAUUCUAUUUUUCUUUUUUGCAUGUUCAGUUUCCAACAUAUGAAGUAUAAUGUUGACUUUCCAUUGCUGCCUAUUGUCUACUGACCCAAAGAAGUUUUUAUUUUAUCCUGAUUCUACCACAUGUGCCUGGAACUGUACAUACUGUAUACAUGCAUAUUUUAACGUUAACAAAUGGGAUAUCUUUAAAAAAAUGUUCUUUGAGAUUUUGACACCCCUGAUGAAGAAAUAAAGAGAACGCAGAGAUUGUGA